GCAAUGUGUGUUGUGUUUGCUGGUGGUGCUUAUCUUCCAACCUUGGAUGCUUUAUGCAAAUUUCCUCUGGUGCUUGUGAGUAAGGGCAGGGUUCAGACGUUAAUUGAAUGGCUUGUUGCUCACAACAUGUGGUAUAAGGCAAACAGUGUCACAUUUUUGCAGGAUAUUUUGGAGUCCUUGGUGGUUGGAGAUGGUGAGGAGGGUUUGUUGGCUGGGAUGCAAAUUACACACCUGCCUGAUGCAGGUGCAAUGCCCACUUCCUGUGGGUUUGAGUGGGAGACACUGUCAAAUGAUCUUGUCAUGGAGUGUGUGGCCUGUACUCAAGGUGAUCACUUGGAGCAUUCAUGUUGGGCUAUGAAGGCUGGGGCCCACACCCAUGCAUUGCAAGGCAAGAAGUUCAUUGUUAGUCAGAUAUUUGGGACACUAAUGAGGAUGCAUCCAUCAUUGACUUUGAUUGUCUGUGCUUGGAAAUAG